UCAUAAUCCAAAAAACAUAACGAUUCGAAAGAACGAAGCGAAAACAUGGCGCAAGUGCUGUACCUGCGGUUGUGUCUCCCUGCAGAACCCCGAAAAUUCUCACCUUCUUCUUCUACUUCUUCUUCUUCUUCUUCUUCUUCUUCCAAACCUUCAAAAACCACUUCAUUGAUUCGCUUGCUCAAAACCCAGAAGCUGAAUUCAGAGGUUUCUCCUCACAGAGCUGUCUCAGCUGUGAGAUUGAUGAGGAUAGAGCUUGGUGGUGCUUUUGCUGACCUUCUCAAUGAGAAAGGCAAAGGUUCUGGCGAGAAUGAGAUGGGAUAUGUCCAGAGAACGCUCGGCUUUCGAACCCGGGAAUUGAAUCAUCAUGAUCUUAGAUUGGUUACUGACAUUGUUGGCGGCACAAUUCGUUGGAGAAGAUAUCUUGAUCAUCUGAUCAGUUCAGUUUGUCAUGAUAAAGAUAUAUCUAGUAUGGAACCUCUUCUCUUACAGAUUCUAAGAAUAGGAUUCUAUGAGAUUGUCAAAUUAGAUAUGCCGCCAUAUGCUGUUGUAGAUGAGAAUGUUAGGCUUGCCAAAGUUGCGCUUAGACCUGGUGCCGGCAACAUGGUCAACGGAAUCCUCCGAAAGCUAGUUGCACUCAAGGAAGAUGAGGUUCUUCCUUUGCCCAGAGUGGAGGGUGAUGAUCGUGCCCAAGCCCGUGCUUUAGCAACUCUAUACUCACACCCAGUUUGGAUGGUAAGGAGAUGGACAAAGUAUCUUGGCCAGGAAGAAACCAUUAAAUUGAUGAAAUGGAACAACAGUGAACCUAGUUUCAGCUUAAGAGCAAACCAGGCAAGAGGUUUUUCGAGAGAUGACCUUGUGAUGCAGCUUAAUGCAUUGAAGGUCCCAUACAGCGUUUCACCACAUUUGGAUGAAUUUGUUCGCGUCAAAACCGGAUUGCAGACUGUAAUUCAUGCCGGAUUACUCAGAAAAGGCUUAUGUUCAGUUCAAGAUGAAAGUGCAGGUCUGGUAGUCUCUAUUGUGGAUCCUCAACCGGGUGAAACUGUGAUUGAUUGCUGUGCUGCUCCUGGUGGAAAGACCUUAUACAUGGCCUCUCGUUUAUGUGGCCAAGGUUUGGUAUUUGCAGUUGAUGUAAAUCGUGGCAGAUUGAGGAUUCUCAAAGAGACAGCAAAGUUGCACCAAGUAGACGGCGUUGUUACCACCGUCCACGCCGAUCUUCGCGUGUUAACGGAUGGUGAAGCGCUAAAGAGUAACAAAGUUUUGUUGGAUGCUCCAUGCUCUGGGCUUGGUGUUCUUUCGAAGAGAGCAGAUUUGCGAUGGAACCGGAAGCUGGAAGAUAUGGAAGACCUGAAGAAAUUACAGGACGAGCUCCUCGAUGCGGCGGCCAAAUUGGUAAAACCUGGUGGAGUGUUAGUUUAUAGUACAUGCUCCAUAGAUCCUGAAGAGAAUGAGGAGAGGGUAGCAGCAUUUCUUCAAAGACAUGCGGAAUUUCGCAUUGAUCCUGUAGACAGAUUUGUUCCACCUGAUUUUGUGACGGACGGUGGUUUCUAUUUUUCUAACCCGGUAAAGCAUUCGCUCGAUGGCUCCUUUGCGGCUCGAUUGGUGCGCGCUUCCUAACUGUCCCCCAUUUCGGGAUGGCACUCAAUGGAAAACAGAGCGGCUGAGUUGCUGCGGCCACAGUCCAUCUCUUUACAAAUCCAGGGCAGACUUUCUGAUUUCUCAUCCAUGAAAAAGGUUUAUAUCUGAGAUGCCUGCAACUUCAGUUUCAUCAGGCUGGUAAUCCUUAACAACAUACUUGCUUG